AGUCAGUCGCUGGUCAGUGUAGAGUGACAGUGUUUGCAGGUUGCUGUUGUUCAUGAAAUAGGGACAACGUGGCAGAGCAUAUUUCCUAGUGCUGUACUAAGUAAAGCAAACAGAUUUGCCAGAAUAAUUUUAUUUAACGGGGAAAGAAGACACGGUUCUAAUAUAUGACAGUUGUGUGGCGUGUAAGAGAAAUGCUAAGUUUUAUAGCGUAUGAAAACUUUCACCUGUAUUUCGUAGGCUAUUGGAGUUACAUACUCUAGCGUCUGGCAAGUAAUGGAAACCAGUUGUAUUUGACAGCUGGCGAAUGACAUGUGGCAGUUACAUGAAAAUCUCUUGUAAUUUACGAAAAAUUUGUAACGUAAUGUGUUAUGCAGUGUGCGUGAUACUGUGUCAGGUGAAAUCUGUAAUCACUGAUACAUGAAAUUUUCUGUUACCGUGCUCAGUUGAAUCGGGUGAGAUAAUCUUAGUAUUAAGCAUACGAAAACCCGGACAUAUUGUAUGCAGUCAUACAUUUGGCACUGUGCGAGGUAGAAAUAUGCUAAUUGUUUAUUGACAGCAAUCGAGCAAUAUGUACGUAUGUAUUAUCACGUCUGGAAGUCGUUAACCAUUUACUUCCAGAUUUGUGAAAUUGUAGGACUACUGGCAAGGUUAACUCUUCGUAUUUUGACGUAGAUUUCGCGUUUCUCAAAUUUUAUUUCAGUAAGGUUAGAUUGGCUUAGUCAAUUUUGUGUGAAUUAUGUAGGUCUGAUAAGCGUAAAUAAUAAAUUAAUUUUGGGAGAACUUUGGCGGAAAUUACGUGGGUGCAUAGGCCUACUAUAGAGGCCCAUAUGUAUGGUUACUGCGAUUGUUCCAAAUUCUGAUUUGCAAAGUAUGUCAUUCCAGUUCACGCCAUGAAAUGUUGAUUUCAGCACGGUUCACUGAACUCUUGCCCCAUGUAUGCAGACCCAGUGCAUUCAGAAUGUUUCCUCCCGGCGCCCUGUUAACGUACAAAGUAGCUGAAAGGUAGCAUGAACGAAUCCGGCUUUGCAGAGCAUUGCCGUCUUAAAAUAUGAGAAUGAAAAUUGAACGAAUAAACAUGUGCUGGAAGGAGCAAAUGUAACGUAGUCGUUUUGAACUGAAGAUUCUUAUUAGCCCACUAAUGGAAAAUAAAACUGAAGAGAAUGUAGGAGCUAAUGAAUUAGUUAGAAAAAACAAUCCUGUGAAAAGAACUCGCGUACCCGAUCUGACCGACGAGGAUAUAGAAGAGGACUACGAAUCUUUGGAGUAUGAAGAAGACUGCUAUUAUUCAUACGUAGCAGAAUCAGGAACGCCAAGUUUUGACCAUUGUUGGCCCGAAGAUGGAAAUUUCGUUGAAAAUUUGCCUGCAUCUGGACUAGAUGAUUCACUGGCAGCCGAAGUGGACCCUUUUUGCGUUGAAGCUGAAUUUUAUUCAAAACCCGCCAGCAGAAAAGCGAGAAGUGUGAGAGUGACAUUUCAAGACCUUUCUAAACCGUACUUCGCAAAAGUCAGCAGUCCCCGCAACUACAGGCGUUUUCUGCAGUUGGUGAAAGCUGAGGAGGCACCGGUUGACAUGUCCCCAGACUCAGGUAUUAAUGAACUACAUGGAUUAACCCCUGAGGAGCAGGAGCGUCAACGCCAGGAAUGGCAACAGGAACUUACAAUGGUUGAACAGGAGAUCCAAACACUUCGCCAGGUUCUUGCAUCAAAAGUGAAGAUGUCACAGGAACUGAAGCGGAAGCUGGGCAUCAGUGUUUGGAAGGAAUUCCAAGAUGACAUGUCACAGGGUAUUCGCAAUGUCAAGGAGUCCAAUGUAUAUCAAAAUGUUGAAGGCAAGAUAGAACAAAUUAGCAAAGCAGUCACUGAUGCACCAAUGUAUCAGAAAACAGAAUCUGUAAUUAAGACAACAGCAGAGAAAACUACAUCUAUUCUGGGUGGAUUUGGAUCAUCUGUAAGCACGAAGCUUGGACAGCUCAAGAAUUCAGAAUCAUUCCGCUCUCUUGAGGAGAAAGUUGGUUCAGCAUACGAGAAUGUUAAGUUGGUUUCAAGUGAUUUGACAGAAGUGCAGAAAUGGCUAUGUUACGAUGCUGCUCGUAACCACUUGGAGUGCUAUGAGUGCAAAGGAGAGGUUUUCUUACGCCGUACCAUUACGCUGGAUGAGACAUGGGCGAAAUCGUAUCAGAAAACAGAAUCUGUAAUUAAGACAACAGCAGAGAAAACUACAUCUAUUCUGGGUGGAUUUGGAUCAUCUGUAAGCACGAAGCUUGGACAGCUCAAGAAUUCAGAAUCAUUCCGCUCUCUUGAGGAGAAAGUUGGUUCAGCAUACGAGAAUGUUAAGACAAAAGUUGUGACAUCACGUUCCAGUUCUACUCAAAGCUUUGAUGAAGCUCUGCGAGAGGCAGAGGCAAAUCGCAAAGCCAACAAUGGAUCUGUGGCCACACCAGCAACUACUCCUACCAUACCAGAAGACAGGCCUCUCUCCUAAGCUAUUUACAAACUUCUGAUGCCGCUUGCAAACACUGGGUUUGAAUGACACAUCAUGUGAUGAACUAUUUGAACUCUUCCACCUCAUUCUUAGUAUCUCAUUGAGCUUCAGUAUAGGGUGUACAGUAAGUAUUCAGAUGGGAUUACAGCAAAUUCAAAAGCCUAGCUGAUUGUAUAUUUCCUAGAUUUAUGGCAGAGGUUUAAAUAUCAAAACAGUUUUUGCAUUUGGCAUAUUGGUAAGGAAGUAUAAUUUCACUCUAUUGACUGUUCAAGAACUUACCAUCCAAUGGGCCUUGCUUUAAAGCCUUUAUUAAUAAGAUAUCAUUUUUCUAUAUAAUCUUUGUGAGACAGUUAUAUUGUAUCAAGCAUAUAUUUUCACAAGUUAAAGUUAACUAUGUAAGAUUUGAGG